CCCUCAUCCAUCUAUUCUGGGCUCCAGGUGUGCAGCUCUGCUCUGGACUGCUCUGGCCACGCCCACUCUCUACCUGAAAAGAGGAAGUGUGGAUUAACAUCCACCUGCUGCACGUCACCACUCAGACACAUCAGACGCUGGAGGAGAGAAGUCCUUCUGCUCGUCAGCAGCUUCACAGGUUUCACUCUGAACAAUGGGCAACACUUCACAAGUCAUCAGUCCCAAUGACACAACCAGCAGCAACACUGACGACAGCGACUACUUUGACAUCAACUCAUUAUUCCACUAUCGGUAUCUUUCCUUCUUUGGCGGUCCCAGUGUUAAUGAAGAUGUGUUCACCGUGUUUGUGGUGACAUGUCUAGUCAUUUGUCUCGGCCUUCCUUUGACCCUCGGGGCCAUCUAUGGUCUUUUCUCUCUGGUGAGAAAUGGUGAAGUUGCUCCGAUCUACGUCAUCAACCUUCUCAUCUCUGACAUCAUUCAGUUCUGCUGUUUGAUCGUUGAGGUGGCACAGUCUCAGGACGUGAAAGUGUCCAAUCCUGAGUACUGGAUGAUAUUUCAGGUCUUCAUCUAUAUUUACUCCUACAGCCUGUUGGCCAGUAUUGGCUUCAUGGUGUGCAUCGCUCUGGAACGGUAUUUGGUCAUCGUCCACCCACUGUGGUACCGCUGCAGACGAACCAUCAAGACCUCUGUGCUGGUCUGUGUCCUGGUCUGGAUCCUUCCUGUUGUCCCUGUCCUUACUGAGUUUUUCUUUUUUAUUGACAGUGUCCACAUAGUCAUUUUCACCAUCUUUUACCUCCUUCCUCUCCCGCUGAUCUUAUUCUUUCUUACUGCGACCCUCAAAGCCCUGUAUGCUUCCAUCUCGGUCCCAACUGACGAAAAACGAAGAAUUGCAGGAAUGUUGAUCCUGGUGCUGCUGAUUUACACGCUGCUGUUCCUGCCAAACAUCAUUGUGAAUGUGUACUGGUACGAUUUAGAUACCAACCCAAAUGCAGACGGCAACCGACAUCUUGCCCUUCUUUUCAAAAUGGCUCCUAUGUUUGUUAAGUUUAGUCCUCUGGCAGACUUAGUUCUGUAUAUGUUGAUGAGGAAAGGGACCAUACGCCAGCUUUCAGACUGUUUGUGUCGCUGCAGAACAGACAGCAAUGAAAUCAGAUCUGUAACUGUGAACAUUUAA